AUGGCAAAGUUUAUAAAAUAUAUGAAAAAGAAGUCUUCAGCAUCAAUACCCGCAUCCUUCUUAAAAAAAACAUAUGACAUGCUUGAGCAAGAAGAGUCAGGCGAACUAGUCUCUUGAACUGAAGAUGGCACAGCCUUCGCUAUCAAAAAUGUUAAUGAGUUCAGUGAGAAGGUCCUCCCCAGGUACUUCAAACACAACAAUCUUGCAAGUUUUGUACGUCAGUUGAAUAUAGCGUCUGUCCCGCAUUAGAUUGCCUUUGCGAGGGUUUUCUGCAGCAACUUGGAGCUCUGACGAGCCACCUAAAGGUGACAAGCCAACUCCUAGCUGACAAAAGCAUCUCUUUUGCAAGGAAUUGUCAACUUGGAGUUGACUUGCCACCUUUAAGUGGCUCGUCAGAGCUCCAAGCUGCUGCAGAAAACCCUCGCAGAGGCAAUCUAAUGCGGGGCAGACGCUAUAUGUAUGACUUCCACAAGUGCAGAGUGGCUCCAUGUGAAAUAACCGUGCAUUUUUGAUAGUGCGAUAUUUCCUAGCUUCUAACUCCCCCCCCCUCCGUGAGCGAACAAAAAAAAAAUUUUGUUCACUCACGGAGGGGGUUAAUUUUUUUUUUUUUAAAAAAAUUUAUAUAUAAAAUUUUAUAAAAAAUAUUUUUUUUUCGAAAUUUAAAAAAUCCUAAUUUGCAAAAAUUGGGAAAGCAAAUAUUAAUUUAAUUUGCAAAAUUUAUGUUUUAAAACGCAAUUUGUUUUAAAAAUUAAACAGAAUUAGCUCUAGAUUUCAUUAUACUAAUUAUCACUUAUAUAUCAAAAUUUUUUUUUUCCAUUAAAAUUUUUUCUAUAUAAAAAAAUUUUUGUUCACUCACACGGAGGGUGGGUUUUUGGUCAAAAAAAAAAAUGGCGAUUUUUCUAAUGGUUUUGUUCGCUCACGGAGGGGGGGGGGGGAGUAAGCAUUUUUGAUAGCGAGACAUUUGACUGAAAAAACUGUUAAAUUUUGGCAAAAUGGUAAACUAUUAUAAAAAAUUUUCGAAUUUUCUUCAAAUUGAAAUGCAUAUUAUUAAAGUGACGAUCAUUGAUUGUGCCCCCUUGCAGAGUUGCAGGACAAGACCAUGCUUUCAAGCACCCUCUCUUUUUGAGGGGAAGACCUGAUCUCCUCAAAGAGAUCCAUAGGAAAAACUCUGAGACAAAUUGGCCUGUCCAACAGCGGUCAACGUUCAGUAAAGCUGAAAUAUCACCUUUAUUGCAAAAAUUAUACCAGCUCCACAGAAGAUCUCAAACGUCAGAAACCGAAAUUCAGAGACUUGAAGAAAAAGUCUCUGAAUUAACUGAACAGAAUCGUGUGCUUGCGUCACAGUUCUGGGAAACUAACUUACUGCAUUAAUAACAAGCAAGGCAUGAAAAUUAAAAAAAUUAAUUUAUAAAUAUUCUUUAUCUUUUAAUAAUAAAAAAACGGCGUUAUAAAUGGAGCAAGGAAAAAAUGAGAGGUAUCGAGCAAGUUCUAGUGAUGAUGGCAACGUAUAUACAAUCUAAUGGCCAAGAGCUCCCAAGCCAGCUUUUUAUGAGAGACAAUAAUUUGCCUAUUACUCAUAUACCAGGAAGCCCAGAAAAAAGACCAAAAAUCAAUGAUGGAAAUAUGGAUAUGUCACAUAACAUGGACGAAGGAAAAAACAGUAAAACCAGCUCAAAUGACGGAAGUUAUAAAAGAGACGAUUUAGAAGUUGAUGAGUUUUUCAAUUACGAGGACAUGGAUGAGUUUGGGGAGGAGAAUUUAGAUUUUCUGUUAGAUACUAGUUCAUAA